AUGGCUGACGUUUCCAUAGUGUAUACCGAAUUUUCGAUUAGUCACACUCUGCCCUCGGAUACUCGGGAAGCUCUCCCCUUUCUUGUCGAGCAAUAUCAUGAAUGCUGUGCCCAUCAUGCACAAUGUAGUACCCCGGAGUCGGCAGAAUUGGAUCAAUACCCAUCGAGGCUCCUUGAUAUUGGCCACGAGGGUAGCAAAAUCAUACUUCGCAACACGAAGAUGUUCAGUAACCAACAAUAUGUUUGUCUCUCACAUUGCUGGGGCGAGUCGAAGCCAUACGCAUUGAAUUCGACAACGCAACAGGAUUUGGAAGGGGGGGUUGAUGCAGAAAAUCUGCCAAAGACAUUUCAGGAUGCUAUUCAUGUGACUCGUCGUCUUGGUAUCCGUUACUUGUGGAUUGACUCGCUUUGUAUUAUUCAGGACAGCGAGCCUGACUGGGAAGCUGAAUCGAGUCGUAUGGGACAGGUCUAUGCACGCGCAGCAUGUACGAUUGCAGCAACUGCUUCUAGUGGGAGUGAUGGAGGUCUGUUUUUUGAGAGGCACCCACAGCAGUCAUUGCCACGCCUUCUGGACAUUCAUUUUGACCCUGAUGC